UUGUUUUGAGUUUUCAUUGGAUUGAAUUUUUUUAUCAUUUGAUUGAAAACAGAUUUUAGAUUUAAUUUUUGUUUCUCUUGGUGCUUUUAUUGUGCUUCGUUUUUUACUCAUCAUGAAUGGAAAAAAGUUCUUGGGGGUAGUUUCAGUUUGCAAGAAUUUUUACCGAACGGCAAGAGGUAAACAUUGGAAUCCUGGACCUAAACAGUAUUGGAACCGAGGAAUUCCCAAUUUUGAUUGGAGAGUAGAACGAGGCAGGAAGAUCGCUCUUCCCAAAGAUUAUCUAACAAUGAUGGACAAAUAUCGAGAGAAUAAACCAGAAGAUAUUACUCCCGAAGAGAGAAGGACAAUGUUCAAAGAACAAGGUAUCGCCCCUGCAAGAGAUUGGAAUGAAGAAUCCAUGUUUCUUUCAUGUUCAGCAAGUAUCAUGGAACCAUUUGUACCCCCUGAAGGUGAUGGAAAAGCCUCUCUGUUGUCAAUUGAGAGAAGUAAACAAGAAUCAAAGAAAGUCGCUUCGAAAGGAAAAUCAAUGAUGGCUUUGAGGAAAAUUCGAACGUUUUUGGAAUAUUUCGACCCAGGAGUCUUUCCAUCUGAAGCGUUAGAAAUUUAUAAAAAAGCUCACCAAUGUUUAGCUGAUCGAGACGAUGAAGAAAUUUUCGAAUACAUUACCGAGAAAUGUUACCCAGAAAUGACUCGUUACGUUGAUUGUAAAACACUUCGAUGGCAAUUUAUUAAGAGCAAUGAACCUCCUCGAGUAGUUCAUGUUCGAUAUAUUGAUGGACAAGAUACUGGAUCUCAAUUCGGUCAAGUUACCGUUCGCUUCAAUUCAGCUCAAACUUUAGCAAUUUACGAUCGAUUUGGUCGUUUAAUUUUCGGUGAUGAAUCAGUAGUCAAAAAUAUACUCGAAUACAUUGUCUUCGAAAAUCAUGUCGCUAAUAUUUACGGAAAAUGGAGGAUCCAUGGUAAGAUUAUUCCCGAUUGGAUGCCACCUCGAAGUCCAAUUCCUAAAACGUUUGUAAUGCCCGAUAUUCCCGAAGAAGAGAAAGAGGAAGAAACUAAAUCAGAUUCGGAAAAAUCGACAGAAAUUUCUGAUUCAACUAAUCAAAAAUUAGCAACUGCUUAGGUUAGAAAUUUAAUUUAAUUUUAUAACCACAAAUUUCAUGUGUAUAAUUAUGUAAAAAAUAAUACAAAUUAAAUUAGUUAAUCACUAAAGUCAAA